UCAUCAAAAUAAAAUUACAUUAUUUAUUAAUUAAGUAUUAACGUGUCGAUUAAUAAAAGUGAUAAGUGAAAGUUCAAUAAUUUGAUCAAUUAGUUUCCGAUAAAGAUAAAAUGGGUUCCCCGGGCACUGUUGAUGAUAUACUAAACUUCAAAAAGGACGACGAGGAUGAUCUUUACAAACUUUUGGGUUGCGAUGAGAACUCCACUGUUGAGCAAAUAACAGCCGAGUACAAGGUUUUAGCUUUGCAAUAUCAUCCGGACAAAAAUGAUGGUGACAAAGAUGCCGAAGUGAAAUUCCAAAAACUCAAGUAUGCUAAAGAAACAUUAUGCGACCCCGAGAGAAGGAGUAAUUAUGAUAAAUGGCGUAACAGUGGUAUCGCCAUCAGUUACAAGCAGUGGCUUGGGAUGAAGGAACACGUGCACCAGGUAAAAAAAAUUAAAAACGCAUUUAAAGUUUUGCGUGAAUCGAUGCAUUGGAGCACCCCCAAGACCAAGGACCGCAUGUUACCCGAGGCCGGAACCGGGUUGGGAGUGAACGCCCCUACCGCCGCCCUGCGUCGAGCGUCCGAAGGAGGCGCAGCCCUACAUUACGGAAACAGACCAGCACAUUGGGGAAACGAACCACCGAAUGAAAUUGCGGCCAAGUUCAGAAACUACGAGAUUUAAAUGAGUCCGAAAUGCCAGCACGUUUCGUUAAAUGAAAAUGCGAAUUAAAUCGAACGUUGGAAAUUUAUUAUAGGCCCUGCAGGUUCUAUUUCGAUUAUAUAUCAUUUAACCAGUUGACUGUGGCACACUUAUUAAACUGACACACAGUUUUGUGUCAUCAGAAUCGAGAUAAAAUAUUGAUUUCAAAUUAGAAUAUAUGGUAUAAGCACGUUACCAAGAAAUGAUGAUUAUUUAUACAAAAUGCAAAUUUAUUUUAAUCAUAUAUUCUAAUUUUUAUUUUCCAAAUACGUUUUAUUUACUUAUGUUACAAAAACCAUAAACAUAAAACAUAGGCCAAUUAUGAAGAACCUAUUCAAUU